AUGUGGGGGAAUGUUCCGGCUAAUGUGCGGGGGAAUAACCCAGCAACUGUGCGAAAGAAUUGCGACAAUGUGCGAACGUUCCGUCAGAUGUCGGGGGAAUGUUCUAGCAUUUGCUUCGGCGUCUGUAGGAGUUCUUCUGGCAUUUGUUUGGAGUUUGGCUUUGUUGGAGUUCUAACGGCUGUUGUAUGGAAUUCUCCUGGCAACUGUUUGGAGUUCUUCCUUCUGUGUGGGGUUCUGUCUGGCAUUUGCGGCGUCUGGCUGGCAUUUUCGGGACUUGUUGCUUCUAUGGUACUUUGAUAACUGCUCAUCAGUUUUAUGUGCCAUGCCUCUAAGAAUUGUCCAGCAGCAACAAACAAAAAGAAGAAGAACAGACA